AGUUGAUUAAUUCACCAGCACAACCUCUCAUCAUAAAAAGUCAUAAGAAUGGCAAGACCGCUAUAAAAACACCAAAAACAAAAGGUGGUAGAUAGAUUGAUGAUGCAUGAGAUGAGCCACAAGCACUCACACAUAUAAAAUCUCUCUCUUCAUCUUUCUCUUUCUCUUUCUCUUUCUCUGUCUCUUUAAACAUACUGGCCACCUUCCCUUUCUGUAAUCCUAAUACCCUUCUUUGCCUUUUUUCAGAUUUCAACUAAACCUCUCCUCUCUCUCUCUCUCUCUCUCUCGCCUUGGUUUCUACGCUCUCUCAACCACCACCUUUUUUUUCUUAUCUCUCUAUCACUCUCGCUCAGCCCCUAGGAGUGGACUGCUAGAUGCUAAAGGACAUCAACUAAAGCAUUGUGUAAUCUUAGAAAUAUUUAGGUCCAUCAUGGUGAGUUUAAGAAGGCGCAAGCUCAUGGGACUCUGCUCUGGAAAAAGUUCUUUUCUCGCUCCACUUCCUAGGAAUACUGAUAAUGGUAUUGCUUCUGAGACCCAGAAUGCCAAAUCUGUCAGUGUACAUCCCAUUUCAUCAGAUGAUGCGAGUCAGUCACCGUGGGUAAGGGGUUAUGAUGUUACAUACUUCUCUGUUGUAAAUCAGUUGCUUUCGAGUUUUAACAAAGUUCCUUUCAGGUCCAUCAUGGUGAGUUUAAGAAGGCGCAAGCUCAUGGGACUCUGCUCUGGAAAAAGUUCUUUUCUCGCUCCACUUCCUAGGAAUACUGAUAAUGGUAUUGCUUCUGAGACCCUGAACGCCAAAUCUGUCAGUGUACAUCCCAUUUCAUCGGAUGAUGCGAGUCAGUCACCGUGGUUUAUAUGUUCUCGUUUCCAUAAUUUGUUUCUAAACUUUUAUAUUAUUCGAUGCUAUUUCCAGAAAACCAUUGCCAAAUUAGGACCUCUGUCAUCCAAUGUAUCUGGUUCAAGCUCACCAGAAGAAAAACCAAAAGUACAGCAUAUUGAAAAAGAACAACAUAUUCAAUCAUUCUCAGGGCUACCAAUCAAACGCAGAAAGAGACAUAGGAGGAAGCAAAUUCAAAAUCAAGAACCAUGUCUAAUGAGAGGUGUCUGCUUCAAAAAUAUGAAAUGGCAAGCAGCAAUUAAAGUGGACAAGAAACAAAUCCACUUGGGAAUUGUUGGUUCACAAGAGGUGGCUGCUCGUUUGUAUGACAGGGCUGCUUUCAUGUGUGGGAGGGAACCCAACUUUGAGCUCUCUGAAGAGGAGAAGCAAGAGCUUAGGCAGUUCAAGUGGGACGAAUUCUUGGCGUUCACUCGCCGUUCAAUUACUCAUAAAAAGUACAAGAGAAGACUUGGGGCAGGGCCGCAUAAGAGGUCUGAGUCUCCAUUCGAAAAUGGUGACUGGGACAUUAAGCAAGGAGUGGAUGGCUUCUCAGGGUCAGAAGAUGGAGGGCCAGACUCAUCAGCCUGAUCUUGAAAAUAAUGUUAUGAGAAUGAGGCUGAAUAAUUCUAACAGUUCACAUGUAGCUGAGUAGCCUCCAAUUUUUUCAGCGUAUAAAAGGCCCCUAUUAGGGCAAAUCAAGGCAAUCUCAAAGUCAUUUGGAAAGCAAGAGAUUUACAGCCUUAAUUGCAAUAAUUAGUUUAAAGUAUUAGAUAGUCUAUUAGUCUUACUGAUGAACCGUCAAUUCUUAGGGCAACAGAAACAUGCAAAGCUAUACUCAGUUCAUGAAAUUGUAACUCCUGCGCCGUACGUGUACCUCAAAUUGCUUGAGCAAAUUGGUUGCAAAGGAGAAAUUUUUCCUUUCAGGAAAUUAAUCUAAAUUUAGCCAUCUCCCUGGGCUUAGUUGAUAUAAUUCAAAGGCUUUACUUUGCUGGUUUACUGGACUGAAU